GCUAUUUAUUCAUGAGAGACAGGCAAAGACAUAAGCGGAGGGAAAAGCAGGUUCCUCAUGGGGAACCCAAUGUAGGACUCCUAGGACCCAGGGAUCACGACCUGAGCCAAAGGCAGACAAUCACUGGGCCACACGAGGUCCCUGUUUUAUUUGGGUGGGGACAGGAUGUGGGGUUGAAAUGAAGUUGAUGUUGGGAUAAAUGUAUACAAAUUUAGGGACAGCCCUGUUGUAUACAGAGCCUUAUAUUCAAGGACAGGCACGAUUAAAAAAAAAAAAAAGCCUUCAACGGGAACAAGCAGGGGAAUGGGUGGAGCAUGUCAGGGCUAAGACUUCACUGUCUUCGCUCCUUAUUUUUCGAGAUCUUCAGGUUUCCCUUUUGGGGACCACAGGUUGGGGUGGGGGGACCUCCGGGCCUGCAGGGGGCGCCUGGCGCAGUGGAACACCUUAGUCCUGGGCGAGGCCGGGGCUGCUCAGUCAUGAUCACUUCCAAGGCCGUGGAGGACUCCGCUGUUCCCUCGGUACCCGUUACUGCCGGAGCUGCCAGUGUCCCGGAGCGCGAGGAGCCGGCGUGGCCCUGGAAAGAUGCCCCGAUCCGGGCGCUGGUGCAGCGCAUCCACCAGUUGCAGGCUGAGCGCGCACAGGCCUUCCGCCGGCUGGAGGACCUCAGGACCCCCACCUGCCGCAGAGGCCACCUCCAGUACCUGCGAAGCGGCCCGCCCCACGACUUCCCGCGCUACCGGAGCACGGUGCACGAGGUGACCCAGGCGUUCGCCGCCGCCUCGCGGGAGGUGCUGGCGGUGGAGGCCGAGCUGGCCGGGCCCAGAGGACAGCCGCUGCUUGCGAGCCACGUGCGCAGCCUGCAACAGCUGGAGCAGACGCGCCUGGCCACGGUGGCCCUGCUGCAGCUGAUGGGGGCACCAGAGCUGACUGAGCAGGAGAACACCCUGGAGAUGCACCAGCUGAAGAUGAAGGUAAUUAAAACCAUGGAAGCGAUCAGCGAGGUUCUUCAGGACCUUAGGUUUGAUGCAGAAUCUGCCGAGUGAUGGUGGCUUCCCAGAGACAUGCCAUGGGAUAUGGGAAAUGGGGUGAAUGGCACCCAGCCCACCCCUGGAUCGUCAGAUGGCUGGGGUCACGCUCCACCAGGUUGCUGACCGCCCUUGAAUUUGCUGUGACUCCAACAAUAAAGGACCCUUCAUUUGCA